CUCCUAUAAGGAAUAGAGUAUUCGUAUCAAGUCCAAUUACUACCAGUCUUCCGACUACCGCACUAUUUUCGGAGUUUCCCACAAAUUUGUCCUCUUAUAACGCCUAUUCCGUUGUUCGAUCAACAUUAACAUUUAUUAGGGUUUCUCUUUCGAUAUCUCUAACUGCGUUUAUUUUCUCUUUCUGGUUGAAAAUUCCAUCAUCGUCAUUCAUCAAUUUUACAUAGAGGAACUAUCAACUUCGGAGUUGGAAUUGGAAUUGGAAUUGGAAUUGAGAUUGGAAUCGAAAUUUCAAUCAAAAACAAAAAUCACCUGUAAAAUCUAUGUUUACAUAUGACGGACUAAAUCUAUGUAAAUUUGAUCUUUUUUGGUAGUCGUUGACGAACAAGUACGUAAUGAAUCUAAACAUUGCUUUCCACUGCAGAUUUGCUUAAAAUCUGGAGUGAGUGUUAUUACAUACCCUAAUUACUUGUCACCUGUUUGAAUUUGUGAUUUGAAAUCUAAACCUUAACUGAUCUAUAUUUUCUGAACGAUUUUCUUAGUUUUUGUUACAAAAAAAAAAAAUUAGUUUUAGGUACUUUUUGUUUAAAAGAAAUCUAAACAGUUUCUUGUGAAUUCUCCAAGAAAAUUAGGGAACAAUGAUGAAAACAGUAGUAUAUGAAGGUGAAAAUUUUCUGGGAGAAGUAGAUGUAUAUUUUGAGAAUAAGAAUAAGAACAAUAUAGAAAUAAUAUUGAAGAAGGGGAUAAAGAUAAGUCAUUAUACAAACGAAAGUAAGAGAUGUUCUCCACUAUCUGUACUACAUACAAUCACCAGUAAUGGAAUUGGUGCACCUUACUUCAAAUUGAUGGAGUCUUCAAACAACAAGAUGCAUGAUUUUCAACAAGAGCAAAAAUCUCAGCUUUUUGCUUUGCACGCCAAUUGUCUCAAUGAUAACAAGACUGCCGUAGUUCUUCAUAGUGAGCAGGAGAUACACUUGGUGGCAAUGCGUUCGAGAAGAACAAAUGGUGUAACUGUAACCCCUUGCUUCUGGGGUUUUUGUGUAAUGCCAGGAUUAUAUGAGUCUUGUCUUGGGUUGUUAAACCUCAGGUGUCUGGGCAUUGUAUUUGACCUUGAUGAGACCCUGAUUGUUGCAAACACACUCCGGUCUUUUGAGGAUAAAAUCGGAGCCUUGCUUAGGAAAAUAAGUGUGGAAACUGACCAUGAAAGGAUAGCUGGUAUGGCGGCAGAAAUGAAACGCUUUCAGGAAGAUAAAGCUUUAUUGAAGCAGUAUGCUGAGUCUGAUCAAGUACUAGACAAUGGGAAAAUUCAUAACAUUCAAGCAGAAGUAGUUCCAGCUCUUUCUGACAACCUCCAAACAGUUGUCCGCCCCCUUAUUCGGUUACAGAAUAAAAACAUUGUUCUUACUCGAAUAAAUCCUAAGAAUCCCGAUACAAGUGUUCUUGUAAGGCUAAGACCUGCAUGGAAUGAAUUGCGCAACUAUUUAAGUGCCAGAGGCCGGAAACGCUUUGAGGUUUAUGUUUGUACGAUGGCUGAACGAGAAUACGCUCUAGAAAUGUGGAGGAUUCUUGAUCCAGACUCAAAUUUGAUAAGUAGUAGCGAACUACUGGAUCGUAUUGUCAGUGUCAAGUCUGGAUCAAAGAAGUCAUUGUUUAAUGUUUUCCAUGGAGGAAUUUGUCAUCCCAAAAUGGCUUUGGUCAUUGAUGAUCGUCUAGAGGUGUGGGAUGAGAAAGAUCAGCCUCGUGUCCAUGUGGUUCCCUCAUUUGCUCCUUAUUAUGCUCCCCAAGCUGAGGCGAACAAUACCAUCCAAGUUCUGUCUGUGGCUAGAAAUAUAGCAUGCAAUGUCCGUGGUGGUUUUUUCAAAGAUUUUGAUGAGAGUCUGUUGCAACGGACUUCUGAGGUUUUGUUCGAAGAUGAUCCUAAAGAUAUCACUUUGCCACCUGAUGUGAGCAAUUAUUUGGUAGCAGAGAAUAAGGGCUUUGGUUUUAAUGGAAAUGAAGAAUUAACUUGUUUCAAUGGGAUGGCGGAUGUGGAGCUUAAAAGAAGGCUUAAGGAAGCAGCAAUAUCAGCGUCAUUUCCUUCUGUAACUUCUUCAAAUACCGUCAAUUUUGAUACUAGAUUGACAUCAUCUCUUCCGUUCGCUGUUACUACUCCCAUGAUAACACCACAGCCUACACAUCAAGCGUCAAUUACUCCUCUCCGUUCUAAUCUGUUCUCACAAGAAGGGCCUUUAGGUAGAUCAUUGGGUAACAUCGGUCCUCUGGACAUAGGUCUGCAGAAUUCCCCCGUGUGCAAAGAAGGUGAAAUACCUGAAUCUGAGCUUGAUCCUGAUACACGGAGGCGGCUUCUCAUUUUGCAGCAUGGGAAAGAUACGAGAGAAAACAUACCGAGUAAGCCUCCAUUUUCAGUAAGACCCACAGUUCAAGCACCCGUUGCAGGCCCCAGUCCCGGCCCAGCUUCAUUCCAUGGUUCUGUUCUAGGUCCUGUUUCUUGGGUGCAAUCACGUGGAAACUGGUUUUCAAAUGAGGAGCACACGAGCACAGGUCGUCUGAGUCGACUAGGAACUACAGAGUUUCCUAUACCUCCUGAUGUACUUAUUGAGAAGCAGCGUCUACCUGUCUCUAAUCCUCGGAAAGUGGACAGUUCAGACUGGUCUGAUCGUACUUCUAUUGAAAAACAAAGACUUCCCAGAGAGGCUUCUCGCAGAGAUGAUAAAUUGCGGUCAAACUAUUCACUGUGUAACUAUCAGUCAUUUCAAGGUAACAAUGGAAGUACUUUGAGCCGAUUUGCUUCGAGAAACAAGGGUUUUGAAGUUGAGUCUGAACGAAGCAGUUCAUUAUCUCGGAUUUUUUUAGGUGCUUUACAUGACAUUGCAAUGAAGUGCAAAACAAAGGUUGAGUUUAAGUCAGGAUUGGUUGCUUCCCAGGAGUUGAAGUUCUCUAUGGAGGCUUAUUUUUCAGGAGAAAAAAUUGGUGAAGGAACUGGUCUACGCAGAAGGGAAGCCCAGCAGCGUGCAGCAGAGGCUGCUAUGAUUAAUUUGGCCGAAAGAUAUUUGGUUUACUCAAAUUCUGAUACUAACGCACCACAAAGUGAUACUAGUAGGGGUCAGAGUGCAAGUGAUGUAAGAUUUGUAAGCGACACGAAUUCUCAUGUUGAUUGCCCUUCAAGAAUAAAAGAGACGGUAGCGCCUUCAUCUGAGCCCACCAGGCUAGAUGAUUCUCAUGUAGAUGGUUCUAAGAACUCCGUGGGUUCAACUUCCGUUCUGAAAGAAUUGUGCACAAGAGAAGACCUCACUGUUAAUUCUAAAGAUCAGUCUCCGACUUCAACUAAUCCAGUUGUUUUAGAUCAAAUACAUGCCGAGGUGGAAGUAAAUGGGCAAGUUGUUGGGAUGGGCAUUGGAUCGUCAUCGGACGAGGCAAACCUGCAGGCUGCUGAGCCGGCUCUUGCAAGUCUUAAAUCCAUGCUGGGUCAUUUUACUAAACGUCCAAGAUCUUCGCGUUCGGUAGAAGGAAUGCCCAAUAAACGCUUGAAGCAGAGUAUUUGCAGGGUGUAGACCAUAUGCCAUUUUCAAGCUAUUCAAUGAAUGCAUCACAUGUGCCUUGAAAUUGAUAACAAACCUCGCGUAAUUUUUGUGCUCGUAUGGUGUGGCUGGUAUACAUCAGGGCCACACCCUAAAAUGCUGGGUGCACAUGCCAUGAUUUUGGUUCCUCGUUCAUUCUUCUGAGGCUCCAAUCUUCCCCAUCAGCUUUGCAGGACCGGAGGAUACAGAUAUGUGAGUCUGUGACAAUAUAAAGAUUCGGCUAGGCGAAUCUUUAUAUUGUCACACAUCUGUAUCUGCCUGGCCGAAUCUUUAAGGAAGCCAGCAGCAUCGAUCAUUAACACACUGAUGGGCCAGUGGCCCAGUGCCAUAAUAUGCUUUGUAAAUAUAAAAACAUUAUAGCUAGUAUAGUUCAUGUAUUAUUUUCUGCAUGAUUUGCAAGAAUCAGCAGAAUUAUAUACAACACUGCCCCUUUUCCUUUGAGCAUUAGCAUAAUUGAUGAUUAAUCUAUGAUUGUUUAGAUCUAUUUUUAAUUUUCAUUUCAUCACUAAUCGAAGGAACCGGCACAAAAAGAUAACAGAUGUUAUGCAUACUCUUAUUGUCACAGGCUUGAAGAAUAAAGAUAAUGAAUUGUUUGUAAAGCUGUUUUUUUUAUCAAAAUUAUUACAAAAAUUAUUAUAGAUCAUUUUCAAAAGUAAAAAAUUUGAAGUUCUUCAAAAGUAAUGUAGAGCACUAGUCUUUUUCUAAAAGUUAUUCUAUUUUGUAGUGGUGAAUCUAUACUCUAUAGAAUG